UAACAAAUUCCAGUGCAAAGUAGUUAAUUUUACACAAGGUAGAAGAGGCUGAGAUUGAAAUCCUUAGGCCAUCUGUAUUCUACUUCUAUCGUCUCAUUUUGUGAAACGCGAGUCCCGAUACCAAAUGGCUCUAUGCGAUACAACUGACAGGCACCUCGCUCAGCUCCUUCGGCAACCCAUGUCUGACACCGAUAUGGCUGAGCUCAAGAAAUUCGGUAAGUCGAAAUUGAAGAAGACAGAAACGCAAGAGAAAAAUCCUUUGCCUUCCAAAGAAAUGAUCAAACAGGAAAAGCAAGAGAGCGAAUCAUGAGGAUCAGUGGUGAAUUGGUCCGGACAGGGACUACAGAAAUUAGGUCCAAACUUGCCCUGUGAAGCUGAUAUUCACACUUUGAUUCUGGAUAA